AAUGCUUAUAGAUCUGCAACCAACCAAUGUAUACACAGUGUACAUACAAAAUCAGGGACAUAUGGAAGGGGGGGAUAGUGACACCGUGAUGGAGGCACCAUGGCCAGCAAUAGGAACUGUUCAUGUCUGCAAGACCCCACCCCAGUUAUGGGCACCACGGUUCUCGUCUUCUUGUCAGGCAGUUAAGGAAGUGAAAGUUUUUUACGUUCUGCAUUUUGCACUUUUCUUCCUAAAACUGAACUUGUGGUUCUUUUCCCGGAUGGAGAAAGCAGAAGGGAAAGUCCCAGCAUCAGCAGCAGCAAUGGAGGAGGAAAGACGAUGGGACACAAACCCUAGAAUAGUCCGGAGCAGAGCCUACAGCCAGAGAGAACCUCAAUGAUGUUGCUGUGGACUGGGAUGAUGUUCCUGACUCUGCUCACCUGGGUGGAGAGUUCAGACGCUCCCUGUAUGUCAGCAAUGCCAGGUAUGCCAGGAAUCCCGGGAAUCCCAGGAAAAGAUGGACGGGAUGGGCAGAAAGGAGCAAAAGGAGAAAGAGGGGUUCCAGCCAGCUCCAACAUGCUCGGACCGAAAGGUGAAAAAGGGAUUAAAGGACUACCAGGCCCAAUGGGAAAAAAUGGACCCAAGGGACCACCUGGGCCUCCAGGAGACAAAGGCGAGCUAGGACCCGCUGGGGACAAUGGAAUACCAGGCAACCACAAGCGCCAGUAUCAAUCGGCUUUUACAAUGGCGAGAACGACAGACAUAAAUCCUGCAAAGAACAAACCCAUCAUAUUCAACAAAGUCAUCACCAAUGACCACAAGGACUAUAAUGACACCACAGGGACCUUUUUGUGCCGUAUCCCUGGACUGUAUUACUUUGUGUAUCAUGCCUCACAAUCGACCAACUUAUGUGUUUCUUUAUACGCAGCCAAUGAGCUAAAGGCCAGCUUCUGUGACCAUGUGACCAAUGCCCAACAAGUCACAUCAGGGGGGUUGCUGGUCCAGCUGCAGAAGGGCCAAGAGGUGUGGUUGGCUGUCAAUGAUUACAAUGGUAUGAUUGGGAUCGAGGACAAUGAUAGCGUCUUCUCAGGGUUCCUUGUGUUCCCAGAUUAAAGCUUUAUCUGAGCAUGUCCACCUUUACGGGGCUAUUGUCCAACUCAUCUGUCCCAUCUCCAGACCCCACAAUUCUUCAGACCUUGACCCCAACUAGAACCCUCUGUGCCCACUCCAGACCCUACUACUAUUCAUUACCCUCCAGCAGUGGCGGAUCCAGAGUCUGGUCUCAGGAGGGGCACUGUCGGGUUAUAUUCACACGGGGAAAAGUGCACACGGAAAAUAGUAUACAGUAGUCCCUCAAGUUAAUCGGUUCCAGGAAGACCAUUGUAUGUUGAAACCAUUGUAUGUUGAAACCAUUGUAUGUUGAGUCCAUAACUCUAUGGAAACCCGGUAAUUGGUUCCGAAGCCACCAAAAUGUCAUCCAAAAAUAGGAAAAAGUGAGGAUUAAAGAUAAAUAAGUAGAUAACUAAUAUAGAUAAAGCAAAUCCUUACAUAUAAAAGUAAUAGAGAUCUGCUGGGAGCUGUAAUCACUGUCUAUUUCAGUGUUUCCCAACCAGGGUGCCUCCAGCCUUCGGCUGUCCAGGCAUGCUGGGAGUUGUAGUUUUGCAACAGCUGGGGGCACCCUCUUUGGGAAACACUGGUCUAUAAAGAGGACAGAAGCUUCUUCAGGGUCCUGUACAGAACAUGCAAUGUCCUAAAAAAAAAAUGGAGAUGCCCUCACCUGGUGUUCAAAGGAGCAGCUAACCCUGGCACAGGUAAAGAGUACAGAACAUGUAAUACCUCCCUGUACUGUAGGGGGCGCUACCAGACACCAGUCACUGCAUACACUUCAGUAAUACAGGAAAAGAGUACAGAACAUGUAAUACCUCCCUGUACUGUAUGGGGCGCUACCAGACACCAGUCAGUGCAUACACUUCAGUAAUACAGGUAAAGAGUACAGAACAUGUAAUACCUCCCUGUACUGUAGGGGGUGCUACCAGACACCAGUCAGUGCAUACACUUCAGUAAUACAGGUAAAGAGUACAGGACAUGUAAUACCUCCCUGUACUGUAGGGGGCGCUUCCAGACACCAGCCAGUGCAUACACUUCAGUAAUACAGGAAAAGAGUACAGAACAUGUAAUACCUCCCUGUACUGUAGAGGGCGCUACCAGACACCAGUCAGUGCAUACACUUCAGUAAUACGGGUAAAGUGUACAGAACAUGUAAUACCUCCCUGUACUGUAGGGGGCGCUACCAGACACCAGUCAGUGCAUACACUUCAGUAAUACGGGUAAAGUGUACAGAACAUGUAAUACCUCCCUGUACUGUAGGGGGCGCUACCAGACACCAGUCAGUGCAUACACUUCAGUAAUACGGGUAAAGAGUACAGAACAUGUAAUACCUCCCUGUACUGUAGGGGGCAAUACCAGACACCAGUCAGUGCAUGCACUUCAGUAAUACAGGUAAAGAAUACAGAACAUGUAAUACCUCCCUGUACUGUAGGGGACGCUACCAGACACCAGUCACUGCAUACACUUCAGUAAUACAGGUAAAGAGUACAGAACAUGUAAUACCUCCCUGUACUAUAGGGGUUGCUACCAGACACCAGUCACUGCAUACACUUCAGUAAUACAAGUAAAGAGUACAGAACAUGUAAUACCUCCCUGUACUGUAGGGGGCGCUACCAGACACCAGUCAGUGCAUACACUUCAGUAAUACAGGUAAAGAGUACAGAACAUGUAAUACCUCCCUGUACUGUAGAGGGCGCUACCAGACACCAGUCAGUGCAUACACUUCAGUAAUACGGGUAAAGUGUACAGAACAUGUAAUACCUCCCUGUACUGUAGGGGGCGCUACCAGACACCAGUCAGUGCAUACACUUCAGUAAUACGGGUAAAGUGUACAGAACAUGUAAUACCUCCCUGUACUGUAGGGGGCGCUACCAGACACCAGUCAGUGCAUACACUUCAGUAAUACGGGUAAAGAGUACAGAACAUGUAAUACCUCCCUGUACUGUAGGGGGCAAUACCAGACACCAGUCAGUGCAUGCACUUCAGUAAUACAGGUAAAGAAUACAGAACAUGUAAUACCUCCCUGUACUGUAGGGGGCGCUACCAGUCACCAGUCACUGCAUGCACUUUAGGAAUACAUGGGUUUUACAAGAGAAAUAUCCAUUCUGAUUGGUCGGUUCUUCCAGCCAAUGACACGUUUUGCAGAUUCCAUAGCAUUGUAUGUUGAGUCUGGUUUCAAGUUACAAUGGUCCAGAAAAGACCAUUGUAAGUUGAGGGAUCACUGUAUAUUAUUACACAUAGACAUCCCUGUUUCCCCCCUAGAUCUAUGUGUUCCCUCCAGGCCCACCUUUACCCUUUCAGACCCCUUUAUCCUUCCUCCAGACCUCACAAUCCCUAUCACACAUGUUCUGUAUGACCACAGUGAUCUCUGCUGACCUCUGCUGUCCAUUUUAGGAACUGUCCAGAGCAGCAUAUGUUUUCUAGGGGGAUUUUCUCCAGCUCUGGACAGUUCCUAAAAUGGACAGCAGAGGUUAGCAGAGAGCACUGUGGUCAUGACAUCAGAGGAAAUGCAUUUCUUUUUUUGGAUUUCUCUUUAGUAUACAUCCCCUAAAAAGUACUGGAAGGAUUUAGAUUUUUUUUUAAUAGAAGUGAUUUACAAAUCUGUUUAACUUUAUGGCACCAGUUGAUUUAAAAAAAAUAAAAAAAGGUUUCCACUGGAGUACCCCUUUAAAGUCAAUUGAAAAUGACUUGAUGAAUAAAUUGGAGCAGAAAAUGCGAGCGGAAUUACUCAAGUAAAUUCCUCUUGGAUUCCUCAGUGUGAACAUACCCUUACAGGGGUCACUGUAGUAUUUGCACACAUUUCCUUUCUCUGCUAUAGACUGUCAGCUCCUUUGCACACAUCCUCAUGCAGCGCUCUGAUCGUAUAUCCACUGAUCUGAAUGGUCUCUUCUCACUUCAAUGUCUUUCUUAAUUACAAUUAAAAUGUCAA